CUUGUCUGUGGAUACAUCUGCCUAGAGAAAACAACGAAAAUUAUAGACAAACGAUUCUAGACACGUUGAAAAUAAUAUUUGUUGAAUAAAAAAAAUAUUAAGAGCUGUAUUGUGUUAAGAUUACGGAAAUAUCAAUUAUUAACUUGUCACGAUGUUUAUGUUGUCUGUGAUGUAGGAAAAACCGGUUUGUUAGGUUUGUGAGGAUUGUGAGCUGAGCGAGGACGUCGGCUACGUGCUCUACUCGGCGCUCGGCUCCUUCUACAUCCCCAGCUGCAUCAUGGUGUUCGUCUACAUCCGCAUCUACUUCGCGGCGAAGGCGCGCGCGCGGCGGGGGAUCCGCAAGCCGCAGCGGCCGCGCGCGCAGCAGGAGAAGUGCACCAGCUUCACGACGACCACGGCGGCGACGUCUUCUUCUGCGGCGGCGACGACGGCGACGGCGUCCGUCGCGACGGCCACGGAGGACGCGGUCACCUUGGAGCUACCCCCCGGGGUGGCCAUAUCCACCAUAGCGGCGCCAAGGCCAAUGGCCAUCCCCAUCGUCACGUGCGACUUCGCGUCCGACAUCAGCACCAGCGACAACGCCGAGCCGCCCGCCGACGACGCGCCCAAAGACACGCUGAAGGUGGCUUGCGCCGCACCGGCGGCUGCGGCCCAAGGCUGCCAGCGGCUCGGCGCGAACCUGUCGGCCAACGGCGACCCUGCCGUGGUCACCCGCUGCCGGGCGCCUUCCGUCGGCAUCGACGCCGACAUGGUCAGCGAGUUCGACCCGUCGUCGUCGGACUCGGGCGUGGUGAGCCGGUGCGCCGUCGUCAAGCCCUUGAAGAUGCGCCUGUGCCAGCCCAUCUUCGGGCGGCGCGCCGCGUCCAAGUCCAAGUCCAAGUCCGACGACGGCGGCGGCGGGGCGACGCCGUCCAACGCCGGCGGCGAGGCGCAGCUGCAGCAGCAGCAGCUGCAGCAGCUGCAGCAGCAGAUGCAGAUGCAGCCGCCGCCCAAGAUACAGAAGCCGCGCGACCCGGUGCGCGAGAAGAGGCGGCUCGCGCGCAAGAAGGAGAAGCGCGCCACGCUGAUACUGGGGCUCAUCAUGGGCUCGUUCAUCGCCUGCUGGCUGCCCUUCUUCUUCCUGUACAUCCUGGUGCCGUCGUGCGCCGCCUGCUCCGUCCCGGACGUGGCCUUCGCCAUCGCCUUCUGGCUGGGCUACAUGAACUCGGCGCUGAACCCCGUCAUCUACACCAUCUUCAACAAGGACUUCAGGCGCGCCUUCCGCCGCAUCCUGUUCAAGUGAUGUCUGCUGCCGGCCGUGCGCUGGCUGUGCCCGGUUUGCCGCAAGGACCCGUUCAGGUGAUCCUUCCCUCCUUUCCCCUCCCUCUCCCCUCUUUCUCACUUCUAAAACACCGUUCAAUCAUCCCUCAACUAAACACCUUUCCAACACACGACGUGCUCUCGAAAUAUUACCCAUUUUUUCAGUUUCUCGCUCCGAAUGUUUUAGGUUUCCAACCGGAAAAAAAAUAACGUUUUCGCAGGAUGAACUCUCUUUAAGAAGUAUUAAAUGAAAUUCCUAAAGAGUUGUUGUUUGAAUAAUUAUUUAAUUCCCUCGGUGUGUGAGAACGCGUUUGGGAGACGUGUUUAUGUGAAACUGAUGUACCGAGCACACUAUCGUCUCUACAUAUUUUAUAAUUAGAUUUUAAAAUUUGGGUGAUUGCAAUUUUCAGUUUCUUUUUUUUUUUUACUUUUCGUUUCAUUAUUUUUGCCACGAAUUUUUUUUUCAGGAUUCGAACUGUAAAUCAACAAAUUAUGUAAUUAGCAUUUUUUUUUCUCUUAAAAAAAUGAUAUAUCUAGCUUCGAUAACUAUUUGGCAAGGUAAAGUUUUAAAACACCAAAUUUUAAUAACGUGAAAAAGUAUGUUUAUUUAUAAACCUCUCUUUUACUACGAAAAACUUCGUUUAUUUUAAUAAGCAAGAUAUUGUUUUAGAUUUAAAUUUCUUAAAUUAAUAAAAUAUAACGACUCUUUACUUCGAAAACAGAGUCUAAAAAUAAUUAAUUUAACAUGUUUAUUUCAUUUUCUUGGUUGAAAUAAAGGACUGUGAUUGUUUAUCCUGAUACUUAAGUAAUGUGUCUCUGGAACAUAUACCUGUCCCGUUAUUUUUGUGUUGAAAAAGAUGAACACCGUUUUACAGACUUUUAGUUUUGCAUGAUUGUGAUUGUCAAUAAUAACGGUUACAUGAGGAACAAUGAUUAAUUCUGUGAUAAAAACAACGCUUUAUCCCGAACUUUUUAGGCUUGCAUUAUAUUUGAGACUGCUGUAUCUUUUCUUAUUGAAUGGGUGAUUAAAAGUUAUUUUUUAAAUUU